AUGUCUGAGUUCUUUGGGAUACGUGCGAAAUUGUAUCAUUAUGUCUUGGAAAAUGGUAGUGUCGGUUCAAGACAUAAAGUGAUAAAAGUGCGAGUAACAUAUGGUCAUUGGAGAAUUGGUACAUUUCAUUACGAUUGGGAGGUUAUACAUGGCAAGUAUACAACACAGCUAUUGUAUAUCGUAAUUGAAAUGAAAGAUAACAACUUAGUUUCAACAAGUACUAUUACAUGGAAGGACAUUGAGAAGGCACAAAAUAAAAUAAUGGUACACUACGUUGCUCGUUACAAAACUAUUUCCAUUAUGUUAUUCCCAAAUGAGGACUCAUAUAAAAAGCGAAUAGCUCGAUAUAGUAGAGAGUGGUAUGAAAAUAAGAGUGAGCUUCUUAAAAGUGUUGAGAAUUCAUACAAACUCUAUUACGAACUGUCUAAAGAAGAGCGGACUAAUAUUGAAUAA